AGCCUGGGCCCGCAUGUGGGCUACGAUGGCCUGAUUAGGCAUGGCAGCAGCGGCGAAGGAGGCAGUGCGGGGUCUGCGGUGCCUGUGGGGGGUGGCAGCCAUAUGGGUGGCGGCGGUGUUGGUGGCGGCGGCGGCAGCUGCCGGCUGCUGUCUGCGCUGCUGCCCGGGGCGGCCGAGCAGCUGGUGGGCCGGGUGUGUCUGAAGCUGUUCAGCUGCGGACCCGAGGAGCUGCCGCCGGACAUGCUGGCGAGGCUGCGGCGCUGGGCGGGGGCGGCGGAGCCGGACGUGGUGCAGGUCUUCAUGCGGCGGGGCUGCGUGCAUGUGAUCGCCAACGUCCGCCUCAACAGCAGCCCCAGUGGCAGCAGCUCUACUGACUCUGCAGCAAACACCCCCAGUGCCCUCCGCGGGGGCUGUCAGGCGCUGCUGGCGUCCCGGCUGCUGGGCGGGCACAGCGACCUGCGCGGGGCGGUGGGCGCCCUCACUGCCGCCUUCGGUGACAGCGGGCUGCUGCGGGGCCGGCGGGUGGUGGUGCAGGCGGCGGAGGGGCACCGAGGGGCCUUCGAGCUGCUCAGCAGCAGCAGCAGGGGGGCCGACGAGGGCAGCAGGGGCGGCCUGUCGGGCGGCUGCCUGGCUCACUGGGUGGCGGAUGCGGAGAUGUGGGCUGCACCGGCGGUGACCGCGGUGGUGCCGGCCGCAGUGCCAUGCGGCUCCCCCUCCGUGCUGCUGCUGCUGGGCCGCCAGCUGCACCGCCCCGGCACCCGCUUCUUCGCACGCUGCGGGACCGCCUCGCUGGAGCUCACACCGCUGCCGCUGCAGCAUGCACCUGACAGUGCAACCGCAGGAGCACAACAGCAACAGCAACAGCAGCCACUCACGCACACACUGCUGCACACCCACAGCCAGCAGCAGUCAGAUCCACCCCCGCCUGCCGCCAUCCAAGCACUCCGCCCCCCUCGCUGCCUGUCAGCCACCGCGGCGCCGGUCUCAGUGGCGGGGGUGGUGUCCGGUGACACCGCCGCCCCGGACUCACCCCUGAGUGGCACCCGCGCCUCCUCCUCCUCCACCAGCGGCUCCCUGUCCGCCGCCUCCCCGCUCUCCUCCUCCCUCUCCCUCAGCCGCAGCGGCCAGCGAGCCGCACUCUCCUUCACGCGCACCCACACCGACCCGCUGGGCAGUCCGCGCGGCUCCAUGGACGUCCCCGUGCCCCCCCACAAGCAUGCAGCCCUACCCACCAGCAGUGCAGGAGAAGGCGUGUACCCACACCCGCCCGCCUGCCCGCCUGCGAGCUCCCCUCCCACACCCACCACCUCCCAGCCAUGUGACGACUGCACCGCCUCCCCCAGCAGCUGCCAGCCCCACUUCCUGCUGCUUAGCAGCGCCCCUUCGCCGCACUCCUCCUGCCCCUUCACCCCCAGCUGCGGCAAGGAGGACCGCCCUGCAGCAGUGUCGCCAGCUACCGGUGCUCCACUGUGCCC